AUGAAGCGAAAGCUAAAUGUCGUGAAAGCGUUGACCGAAAGCCAAAUCGGUUUAAUCCGAUCUCCUUAUCGACAAUCACUAGAAAUCAUGCACUCAUUGAUCAGAAAUAAAAGCACCAAAUUUGAGAGGAUAUGGUCCGAGACAUCCAAACAACCCAUCGUUUACGACGAUUCACGAAUAUAUUUCAAUAAUUAUACCCAUUGUCUGGCGCUGUGCGGAAAAGACAGUUUGCCGUCGACUUUGUAUAGACUUCAGAAGAAUACGAAAAUUAAGAGAUUUGAAGACGUCUUUAUGCACACCGGACCCGUUAGCUGUACUCCACUUCCUCGCGAGGACUACAGACCGUACUUCUUAGCCCUCACUUCAGACAAUUGGCUCAUUCGAUACGAUAAUUCUCCCGACGGUAAGGAUGAGCUCAGAGUCCAGUGGAAUCCCACGACAGGAAGUGGCAAAAAGCCGGGCAGUUAUUUCUAUGUCCAGUACAGACUCAAAGGAAGCGAACGAUUCCUUAACACUCCUAAAGACGAGAAUCAGGAUUCACUGAUUGUGCCCAUCAGAGGGUUAGAAGAGGACAAGACGUAUGAGAUCCGAGUGGUGGCCGUCGACGGACAGUUCGAGACCCCCAGUGAGACACAGGAGAUCUCGUCCAGUGGAGGUCCGGGAGCUGAUAGUACGGCUCACUUGGCGAACUUCGCGCCGUGGUUUAUAGGCAUGAUGUGCGCCAUUGCCCUCAUCAUAGUAUUAGUCGUAUUGGUGUGUAUUGUGAAGAGAAAUCGUGGCGGAAAGUACUCGGUUCACGAGAAAGAGGCCGCACAGGGACGGGAGGACUACGAAGAGGGAGGCUUUAAUGAAUACAAUAAGCCUUUGGGUGGAGCUGGAGGUCCACACCAUAGGGGGAGUCGACAGUCUCUGAACAUAUCAGAUGUAGUCCGUCUCUCACUGUGCCUAAGCUACCGGCUGAUGCCUCUCCCGCUGAGUAGCUUCAAGCCGCUUCUGCCGAGAAAGUAG